CUGGCUCCACUUUUCCCUAUCUCACUCAUCAGGAACGAACCCACACCAGGGUCCAAAGCUGUCCCCCGAAAAUCUGGGGUUCUUGUCGCGCCCCGGCUUCACUUGCCUGCCUGCCUGCCUGCAAACGACCACCGCCAGAGGAGAAGCGCAUCAGUCGCACCAAAAAAUAGAUGCAAUUUCUUCCCAACUUCACAGCUUUCACUUUUAGACUUUCCCAUCCGGCGCGGUCCCAACGUGCCACUUGUCACUUGUCACUUGUCACGAUGCUGCCGAAGGGACAUGACUCCCGUACCGUUGGGCAAAUUCCUUCUUCAUGCGCGAAAUGGCUCUCCGGCACUCAGCAGUGAUGUCAUAUAAGGGCAAGAGAUCGAGUUCUCUGAGGGGAUCUCUCAUUCGGGGUGCAAGUGGAUCCCAUACGCGCCGUUUCGACCAUAGCCGAGCCAGUAGUGCGCCCCUCCUCCCGGCCGAUGGUGUUCUAGACGCUGGACGAUGGGCCUUUCCUUUUUUGGUCGGUGCUCUGCUCUGCCUCGACCGCAGUCACAGCAAGUCCCAUAGAAAUGCCAACAUUCCAAUCCCGCCAGCAGAUCUUUCAACAUUAUCUGACAUGCUGACUCGCAUCUGGUGGAACGGAAUAAUAUGCCGGAUGCUCUGCAUCUAUCUACUGUACUUUAUCUAUCAUCAGGAUCUCCCCUGCCUCUUUCCAGUGACAUGGCAGAUGGAAAGGGGGCACAAUCAUCAUUCGGAGGAGCCUCGUAUCGUCGAAGACUUCUUUCCAUCUUACUAUUAUCGUGCGGAGAUUGAAAGCUAUGGGCAUGAUGCUGAGAACCGCCAAACACCGCAAGAAAGAAUCCAGCAGAGCGGAAGAACGACAAACGCGUACCUGAACCAUCAAAAAGUAGUCGGUGGAACCCUGCCUCUGCCUCGGCGCGCGGGCGACGGAGCUGCCUCCGAUCUCCUCUCUAUUCACAGAUCAAGAUACUGUACUGUUCACCAAAUCUACGGCGCAGAACCCCUGAACCAGGACUCGGGAUCGGGGUUCCUCGCACCCUAGACGCCACAAAUCCCAGAAUUGUGCGACAGCCUAGACCCUUAAAACAAGACGUCAUCGAAAGUCGCAAAAAGAAGGAACCAAGAAAUUGGGAGUCGGCGGUCGAAAGAAAAAGGGUUCACUGCAUUUCCCGCCGGAUCACACUCGCCAAUGCUGGACAUCACUGCCGACAAAGCCGAAACCACCUUCUUACAUUUUAGCACCCAUUACGAUCUUCACCUAGAUGAGUGGCUAAAGAAGACAAGCGCCUUCUCUCCUCGCGCGAUGAAGGGUAUCAAUGCCAUAGAGAGGAACCCUCACCAGUCCAAUCCUUAGCUUU